AUGAGUGCAGGUAGCCGCAGUGGCAGUUGGAACACAAUGAGUUGGUUACUUGGAACGCUUUCCGCUUGUUUGCUGCUUAUUCCUCCAUGUCAUACGUUGUCCAAGGAUAAAGGCACGGGAUUCUCUCCCUCAUUUUCUGUCGAUUACCCGGGAAAUCAAUUUUUACUUGAUGGACAACCAUUUCGCUACAUUUCUGGAUCAAUUCAUUACUUUCGUAUUCAUCCUAGCCAGUGGGCGGAUAGGCUUCUACGGGUUCGCGCGCUUGGAUUCAACGCUAUCCAGUACUAUAUUCCUUGGAAUUUUCAUGAAAUUUAUGAAGGAGAAUAUGAUUUUUCCGGUUGGCGCAAUUUCUCAGAAUUUUCUCGAAUUGCUUAUGACUUCAAUAUGUAUACUCUCCUCAGAAUAGGUCCCUAUAUCUGUGGUGAAUGGGAGAACGGCGGUCUUCCUUGGUGGCUGCUCAACAAGAAUAUUUCGACGUUACGGACAAGUGAAGAAGGAUUUAAAAAAGCCGUCGAGAAAUGGUUUUCUGUGCUUCUUCCGGUUGUGAAACCACUUCUUCGGAAGCACAAUGGUCCAGUGCUUAUGAUUCAAGUUGAAAAUGAAUAUGGGAGCUACAAGGCAUGCGACAGGGGAUACACAACUUGGUUAAGAAACUUCAUUAAAAGUUACCUUGGCGAUGAUACUUUGCUGUACACAACUGACGGCGCCUCUAAUUCUUACUUAAAAUGCGGAGCUAUUCCUGACACAUUAACUACUGUGGAUUUUGGACCAACGUCCGAGAAAAAAAUCAACUCUUCUUUUGAAGCUCAGAAGAAGUACUUACCUGACGGGCAUGGACCUUUGGUAAACUCAGAGUUUUAUCCGGGAUGGCUUGUCUUAUGGGGUCAAAAAAAGGCCAUUACGCCGUCUGCUAACGACAUAGUGAAGUCGGCGCAGUAUAUGUACAACUUGGGCGCUAACAUCAACUUCUACAUGAUCCAUGGUGGCACGAAUUUCGGUUUCUGGAACGGGGCUGAGACCAAUGCACCCUGUAUCACCUCAUAUGACUACUUCGCUCCUAUAUCUGAAGCUGGUGACAUCACUGAAAAAUAUCUAGGGAUCCGAUCAUGGAUCAAGAACAUUCCUACCUGGAAGAAUCGGCCGCUUGAUGUCCCGAAGAAUAAUCCGAAAAAGGCUUUUGGUGAGGUUAAUAUGGUGCCAGUGGAUGAUUUAUCCGCCUCUCCAAGUAGCAGAAAUUGCAUUUCUUCGGUCUCUCCUAUGUCUUUCGAACAGAUCAGCCAACCGUUUGGCUUUGUGCUUUACACCAGGAAAAUGGACGUUUGUGGGAAGCGUCUAGAAGUGAAACUACUUAAAGACUUUGGAUUCGUCUACCUGAACAACAAGCACUUGGGAACGUUAAUGCAUUCGUAUAAUGGGCAGUCUGAACGUACAGUGCAUUUGGAGGGAUGCAACCCAGGCGAUAUCCUUACCAUUCUUGUUGAAAAUCAAGGGAGACAGACGUACGAAACUAUCAAUGACUACAAGGGAAUCUUAUCGGAUGUUGAACUGGACGGAAAAGUAUUGAAUGGAUGGACCCAGUGCAAGGUAGAUAUCACUCACGACUACGGGAAAAUCUCAGCUUCAAAUGUGCAAGACCCCGGGAAGUAUGGUGUAUAUUUUGGCACGUUCCAAGUCGAUACCCCGACAGACACAUUCCUUGACACAAGCGGAUGGAGGAAGGGUGUGGCCGUAGUUAAUGGAAAUAAUCUUGGGCGAUACUGGGCUAGCCAAGGACCACAAUACACUUUGUACAUCCCAGCUGCUUUUCUUCAACCAAAAGAAAAUUCGCUACUUUUAUUGGAGUUGGAAGGUUCUGGCAAAUGCUCUAAUGGGACCUGCUCAAUGUCCUUUGUGGAUCAUCCUAUAUACGUCUGGGAUAGCCAGACAACAAAGGUCGAUUUUUCUGCUGGACCGCGACGACGACGUCAACAACAACAACAACAACAACAACAACAACACAGAAGAAGAAAUGUUUCAUGA